CAGCGUUGUCGCGUGUUGGCGUCUGGCUAACGGCAGCCUUCAAAGUUGUGUCGGGGAGCGACUAGCUUAAGCGUGUCCAGAUUUUGAAUGUGUUGACGUGGUUGUGGCGUCGACAUUUGGACGCGUUCCGCUCGUCGGAUGCUAAGCUCGAAAGGCUGACGUCAUGUGCGCAUAACGACCAAGUGUGUGACGCCCUGUUUUGUCCACGGCUAACAACAAAAGUUGUGUUGCUUUACAGCUCAGCGGAUCGGUUCGUUUGAGCUGGAGGCUUUCGCGGGCGGGAGUCGCGAGCUCGGCAGGUGAUGGCUGCUGCUAACUGCUGAGAAAGCGUCCCAAAGCGUCACUUCCCAUCAUUCCCGUCCCGUGCUGGUUCUCCACUUCCUGUCCGCGAGUGUUCACGGGGCAUACGGUCGCCCGACUCAUCUGGGCUCCCCGAGUGGGAGAGACGCCGUCGCCAUCAUGGUGCUGUCACAGAGACAAAAAGACGAACUAAACCGGGCCAUCGCCGACUAUCUGCGCUCCAACGGCUACGACGGCGCGUACUCCACCUUCAAGAAGGAGGCCGACUUCGACGUGAACGAAGACGUGGACAAAAAGUAUGCGGGUCUUCUGGAAAAGAAAUGGACGUCCGUCAUCAGAUUACAGAAGAAGGUGAUGGAGUUGGAGUCCAAGUUGAACGAAGCCAAGGAGGAGAUAACGCACGGCGUGCCAGUGGCUCAGAAGAGAGAUCCCAAAGAGUGGAUUCCUCGUCCCCCGGAGCGAUACGCCCUCAGCGGGCACCGCGCUCCCGUCACCAGAGUCAUCUUCCAUCCCGUCUUCUCCGUCAUGGUCACGUCCUCCGAGGACGCCACCAUCAAGGUGUGGGACUACGAGGCAGGGGACUUUGAGCGGACCCUGAAGGGCCACACGGACUCCGUUCAGGACAUCUCGUUCGACCAGUCGGGCAAGCUGCUGGCUUCGUGUUCUGCAGACAUGAGCAUCAAACUUUGGGACUUCCAAGGUUUCGAGUGCAUCAGGACCAUGCACGGCCACGACCACAACGUGUCGUCUGUCGCCAUCAUGCCCAACGCCGAUCACAUUGUGUCCGCGUCCAGAGACAAGACCAUCAAGAUGUGGGAGGUGGCCACCGGGUACUGCGUGAAGACGUUCACAGGCCACCGGGAGUGGGUCCGGAUGGUGCGGCCCAACCAGGACGGCUCGCUGAUUGCCAGCUGCUCCAACGACCAGACGGUGCGCGUGUGGGCCGUGUCGUCCAAGGAGUGCAAGGCGGAACUGCGCGAGCACGAGCACGUGGUGGAGUGCGUGUCCUGGGCCCCCGACAGCGCGCACCCCACCAUCUUGGAGGCCACCGGGUCGGAGAACAAGAAGAGCGGGAAGCCAGGCCCGUUCCUUCUCUCUGGGUCUCGAGACAAAACCAUCAAGAUGUGGGACGUGAGCAUCGGAAUCUGCAUCAUGACCCUGGUGGGCCACGACAACUGGGUGCGUGGCGUCCUGGUGCACCCCGGCGGCUCCUUCAUCCUGAGCUGCGCCGACGACAAAACUUUGCGAGUUUGGGACUACAAAAACAAACGCUGCACCAAGACGCUGAGUGCUCACGAGCACUUCGUCACCUCUCUGGAUUUCCACAAGAGCGCCCCCUACAUGGUGACGGGCAGCGUGGACCAGACUGUCAAAGUGUGGCAGUGCCGCUGAAUCAGUUUCCUGUCCGCAGGUGUCCCCCGCUUCGCGUCCCCCUCCCCGACCCCCUUGUGACCCCGUCCCGUUAACCAUCCCCCGCCCCCCCACCAAGAUGACGAUCAUCCUUUUAUAUAAAUUAUUGCAGACGUCCUCCCCUGCACCGACGGCGGCCGAGCGACUGCUCGUAAGCUUGCCCUUGCAUGGCCAAUCGCUUCCUGGUUUACGCAGGCCACGCCCCCUUUAGCUCCCUCGCCCUUGUUCUCGUUGGGGGGGCGUGGGGGGGUGUAUGACUGACCACGUAAAAGUGUGUGUGUGCUUAUGUGUAAGUGAGAUGAAUCGGAUUAACAGCGUUAGUGUGACGAUAAUUUUUCAAUGACCGCCAGACCCCCCUCCCACAUCCACACCCACACACAUACACCUUAAUGCAUCACACGCACUUGCCGGUGGAGGAAAUCGCCCACUCGUGUGGUCGCGCGUUGUCGUCCAGUGCUCGCUAACCUGCCUUGCUGACCCCCGAUGAGGGCUGCUGCCUCACGUUGCACAAAAAUGACCUUCUCACAUGCGCACACAACACAACACACAGUAGCAGUUGUGUAUCUGUAUUUGUGGAUGUCAUGUUUGCAACUUCAAUAAACUCGUGUAAAUAGCA